UUCCCUGCAACUUGAGAAAGACAGGAGGACUGCAGCGAAUGGAGCGGCGCAAGUUACCGGGAUAAAGAAGGUACAGGAGACUAAAAACUGUGAUGGAAGCUUAAAUUUGUCGAUAUUUGCUGUAAAAAACGACUUUGCUAACCGUGGCUGGUGUUUGUGGGUUUACGUCGCUGGAGACGUGAAGCCGUCUGAGUCAGGCUGGAAGCAUUGAUUGACCUUUGAAUUUGAGUCACUGGAAUCCGGAGAAAACGUCACAGUGACUGAGCGGAGACCCUUCACCCACUCUUGCCCCUCCCUCAUUAUCCCCACGCAGCCUCUAUGCUCAUCAACCUGAGUGUUGCCUUCAAGGAACCUCGUGCCUUUCAUGGAACACUGCCUGAACCUCCCUCAGCUGAGGAAGUGACAGCCAUGGAUUCACGUCCAGUGCUGGUCGCUUCUCCGCCACCUCCCCUAGCCCCUCCACCGCCUCCUCCUCCUCCUCCGCCACCUCCUCCACCGCCACCUCCACCUGCCUCCUCCUCACCUUUCAGCCGGACAGACAGCGCCCGUCGCAGCCGGCUAAGGAAGCUAAACUGGGAGCGGAUCCCCAAAGAGAAGGUGGAGGGGAGGAAGAGCGUGUGGAGCGGUGCGGGCCAGGGUGAAGAUGAGUUCCCCAUAGAUCUCCACUCUCUGGAUGAGCUGUUUGGUCAAAAGGACAGUAAGCCUCCAGACAGAACUGGCACCUUAAGGCGCAGGUCUGCUCUGCUGCGCUGUAGAUCCCCACAGGACAGUCCUGAGGAGAUCUCCUUGUUGGACUCCAAACGCAGCAUGAACAUCGGGAUAUUUCUACGCCAGUUCAAGAUGCCUGCUAAGGAGAUAGUUGAGGACAUCAGACAGGGUGCUGGGGACCGUUACGGAGCAGAGAAGCUCACAGAGCUCUGUAAAUUACUGCCUGACAAUGAGGAGGAGUCUCGCCUAAGGAGGUUCAGUGGGGAGAGGAGCUGGCUUGGAGAGCCUGAUCUUUUUAUUCUGCUGCUGGUAGAAGUCCCCAGCUUUCGGCUGCGUCUGGAUGCCAUGAUCCUGCAACAAGAGUUCGACCCUGCAGUGACCUCUCUGUGUGUGGCAGCCAGAUGUCUGAGAGAGGCAGCCAGAGAACUGCUGAGCUGUCCUGAAUUACACUCCAUCCUACGUUUGGUGCUCAAAGCAGGAAACUAUAUGAAUGCUGGAGGAUAUGCAGGGAAUGCUGCUGGUUUCCGGAUCUCAUCGCUGCUUAAACUGGCUGAUACCAAAGCCAAUAAGCCAGGCAUGAACCUGCUGCAUUUUGUUGCUAUGGAAGCUGUGAAAAAGGACCAGAGUUUAUUGUCAUUUCCCAGCCAACUAGGCCAUGUUGGCUCCGCCUCCAGGUUGUCUGAGGAGUCUGUGCUUGAGGAUUUAUCCAAGUUAAAAAGCAGAGUGGUGUCCCUCAAGGCAAACAUCCAGACAGAGGCAGAGAUUCAGCUGCAUACACAACCUUUCUUAGAGAUGGCUGAGGAACGUCUGAAGGAGGCAGAGGAUGAAGUUGAAGGUAUGAGGAUGUCAAGUCAGGCGCUGGUGGAGUUCUUCUGUGAAGAUGACAGCACAUUCAAACUAGAAGAGGCCUGCAGGGUCUUUCAUUCAUUCUGCCACCGCUUUCAGAGAGCUGUCCAGGAAAAUGCAGAUCGGGAGCUGAAGGAGCGGAAACGUCUGGAACGCCAACGUGAGAUUGGGGAAAAACGUCGCUCUCUGGCCGUGUGCACAGGGCUGGACUUGAGCCCCAGCCUUGCUAGGGAACCUCAGAGUAAGGAGAACCAAGAUGAAUUGGAGAAACUACUGGAAAGGAAUCUGAGUUACACUUGGAGUCGACGUAGCCUGAGAAACUCUGACUCCCGCAGAAUUUCCCAGAACCUCCCUAAUGACACCCAUUUCCAAAACUCAUCCAUGCUGAAGAGCUUCCCUGAGCUUGGCAGUAGCCCAACGUCUGCCAGUUAUCACUCCAACAGCUCGUCUGACCAUGAGAGCUCCGCUGUGCUUUGUAGUUCCCCAGAGACCGACGACACAUGUUCCCCCAUUGACAGAGAACCUGCUCUCGGAAGGAGGGUUAGGUCUCAGUACAGCAAAGCGACAAACCGAAGUAUAGAAUUGGUUCGAGACUCGGACACUGCUACAUUUAAUUGUUCUCAGCUUGGCAGUGGCUUCACAGUCAAUCAACAUGGACCUGAGAGCAUUUCUUACAUUCUACAAGGCCAGCCAAAGGCGACAGCACUUAGAAAAGAGGCAGAGCUUUCACAUGAACACUUGGUUUCAAUGAGUACUGCAUCCUCUCCCAGUCCGUGUUCUGAUUCUGGUGCUGUCACCCCUGAUGCCCCUGCCCUGUGUGUUAAAAGCCAGACCUCCCCUCAUAGAUACAAGUUUGGCCAAUCAGUGACAGACAGUACUUGCUCUAUUCAGAGUAAAUCUAGUGGAUCUUGUUUUGAGGGGUCUUUACCUGAGUCUCCUCACACUAGGGGAGAGGUUUCUCAAAGUAACUCUAAUACUGGGUCAAUGCGGCACCACAAAUCUGAGAGCCAAUCACAUUCAUCAAUAAAUGCUCAAGAGAGGGUCCAAUCCCAACCACAGGCAAGAGAAUCUCCAGCAAGGACAACAAAUACUGUGAUGCCCCCCCUUGAUAUGGGUUUAACAAAGCACUCAAAGACAGACGUGGUGUCUUCCCCUGUGGAGGAGAACUGGAUGCCCUCCAGUUUACCAGAGUUCAGCCAAUCACAGCCUGAGGAGUUCUCUGACCUGCCAAGUCCUGAGAGGGAGAUGGUGCAGCCAUACUCUCGAGUGGGUGAAUCACUCGAGUGCCACACUCUAGUGAAAGGUCUCCGAUCCUAUGACACCUUAUCGCCGCCGACCUCCCCCCUCCCUCGACCAACACCAAGCCUCUGUUCUAAGUGGAGGAAAGAAAGGGAGGUUGACCUUCGAGAGGGGACAACACCAGGGCCUCCUGCAUCAAAGGAGGAGCCUCGAGCUGUGAAGACCCCUGUGCGGAGUGGAAUAGGGGCCAAAAGAGGGCUUGUGUCACGUGCAAGCCCUUCCAAUGGGACAGGGAUUCCCAGGGUGCGCACCAAAACUGAGGCUUCAAAUGGACCCUCAACCUCUUCUACCCCACCCACCCCUAGCCGAUUAUCCACUCCACGCAGCAUAUCCAUGCGCUCCUCUCCUGUCACACGACCUGCUGCUGUUCAGACAGAGGUGAAACGCGGUCAUAGCACACGGGAGAGGACAGUAAGUGAGCAUCAGACCCCUGGAAAGCCCACCUUAACUCGCAGGACCUCAGACAGAUCCUUACCAGAGAAAAUCUCAGGUAGCACCCAGCCAGCCUUCAUCAGAGGGGCUCCUCUGCGGGUGUCGAAACGUCUGGCCCCGAACUCUGAGACUCAGGCAACACCUCAGCCUCGAACUGCACAUAGCCCAUCUUCCACCACAGCAAAAACCAUACGCACAGCGGUCAUAUCUGCUGCUCGAAAUAAAACUGCAAAGACGACGAGCACGAGCAGCUCUCCUGUUAGCUCAAAAAUCCCCUCAGCUUCACGGAUUCCUGGUCCCAAAAUGCCUCGAGCUGCUGCAGCUCAGCCGCUGUGGAGGUGACGCAAGUCAACAAGUGCCUGUGCUGUGCAGUGUUCUCACACUUUUCAUGCCUUUAUGGAUGUCAGUCGUAAUUUCAGCCUGAAUAUUCAUGAAGAUUGUGAGUCAUCAGUCAGAUUUCUGGGCUUCUAUGAAAAUUUAAUGCAUUCCUGGAUUCUUGGGUUUUGAAUAUGUGAAAUGGAGCUGCACUGGAAGCAAUAGGGGCGUUAUCAUCUCAUUUGCUUCAUCUCACAGGAGAUGCUGCAAAUCCUACCUCUUUUUACACACUCUGUUGUCCUUUGCAGGCGAAAGGACACUAAAAAAAAAAGACCCACUGAUUCAUAUACAAGAGGUCAACACUGAUCUGACAUCUAUAUUCUGUGCCUGUCUGGAGGAGUGUGCUUGAAAGAAUAGGAAUUUGGGACACUCUUGCAUUAAAGAGGAAUUCUUUGUUUAGUAAACUGCCCAAAUGUUUUGCAAACUGAGACCCUCCUUUCACACUAAGCUGUCCUUCAAUCUGGCCUGAAUGCGGUACAAUAUAUGAAUCCUUUUUUCCAGAGGUCUUAUCAUUUUGAUGCACUUUACAAACUGAAGAAGAGGCUGUCAGGAGAUGCUUUCUGUAAUAUUUGUGAUUUUAUGUGAAAAGAUUCUAUAACUUUAUUGAAUAGCAUUGGUUGUUAUUCACUGUAUUAUGUUGAUUUAUAAAAAAAGAAGAUGAAUAAAGAUGGUGAUAUGAAUUUUA